CACUUUUGGAUUCUGAUGCCUGCCAGUUUGAAAGAACACUGCUGUCUGAAAGGGAGAGAGGGAGAGGAGAAGAGGAGGACCUCUGCAGCAGAUCAUCUAAAACAGAGUGAUCGAUUUGCAUUGCUGAAAAUCAUAGUUUUAUCAACAAAUUUACACAUUUUGCAAUGCCCACAUGCGUACAUACCUUUUAAAGGAGAUAACAUCAUGACAGUUGGAAUUAUUUUGCCUCUCUUGCUGGCAUCACUGACAGAAUUGUCCUGCUCAUCAUGCAGAGUAUUCACCCAGACCAUAGAAAAGGCUGAAAAAGAAAUACUCCUGGAAAUAGCCAAACAGAACCUCCUGAAAAAACUUCACUUACAUCAUCGGCCAAACAUCUCAAACACAAUCUCCAAGGAUAAUCUGGAACAGGCUCUGCAGCAGCUAGGAAUUAACGCUGAUAAGGACCUGUCAAUAGAUUUGCAGGCAGAAAAUGAUGUGGAAGACAAAGAAGACCAUGAUCAAAGUUAUGAAGUUAUCAGCUUUGCUGGAAUAGGUAAGUUUUAUUGAAGUGGUAUACUGUAUCUCAUACCAA